AAAGGAGGAGGCCACUCACCAGCCUGUGUUAGCACAUCAAGCUACUGUUAGCUAGCCGGCGGCUAAGGAGCAGGCUAAAACAUCGGUUUGUCUUUAUGUCGCCCGUGUUAUCAAGUGAUGGCAAGAGAACGGAGUUCACACACCGAAGCUGAAUUAUAUUACCUCAUUGCCAGAUUCCUGCAGUCUGGGCCCUGUAAAAGAGCAGCGCAGAUCCUGGUGGAGGAGCUGGAGCAGUAUGAGUUGGUCCCUCAACGAUGGAGUUGGGAUGGGAAGAUUUACAAACGGACCUUUCAAGAUUGGGUGAUUUUAAACCAGCACAUUCCUGCAGACUAUUUGCUCCGUGUCUGCCAGCGGAUUGGCCCACUUAUAGAGAAGGAGAUCCCACCUAGUGUUCCCGGAGUCAAAACACUUUUGGGGCUAGGAAGACAGUCCUUGCUUCGUACCACCAAAAGUUGUAGCCACAAAGUAUGCAGCGGUUCGGCUGUUGCUGCACUCCAUCGAGGACGUCCACCAGAACCCCCAGUCAGCAAUGGGGAGGCUCCCAAUGUUGUGUCCAUCAUGGGAGCUCGCCAGGCCACAGGAACAGCUCGUUUCAGCCAGGCACUGCCUUCUUCCUCCUACCAACACAUGAAGAUACACAAACGUAUCCUUGGACACCUUUCUUCAGUGUACUGUGUAGCCUUUGAUCGCACUGGUCGUCGAAUAUUUACGGGUUCUGAUGACUGCCUGGUGAAAAUCUGGGCAACAGAUGACGGCCGGCUCCUUUCAACUCUCCGUGGCCACUCGGCAGAGAUCUGUGACAUGGCUGUCAAUCACGAGAAUACUCUCAUUGCCUCAGCCAGCUGUGACAAAACCAUCAGGGUGUGGUGCCUACGUACCUGUGCACCCAUCACUGUCUUGCAGGCCCACGCUGCCUCCAUCACAUCGAUACAGUUUUGUCCGGCUAUUAGAGGGACAACACGGUAUCUGGCCUCCACCGGUGCAGACGGCAUGGUGUGUUUCUGGAAGUGGCACUCGAUCAGCACAACGUUCAAUGAUCAACCUGUCAAGUUUGUCGAGCGCUCACGACCAGGAGUACAGGUCUCCACUUCCUCCUUCAGCAGUGGUGGCAUGUUCAUGGCUACUGGCGGCACUGAUCAUUUGAUCAGGGUCUACUACCUUGGAGCUGAAACUCCCAUGAAGGUCUCUGAGAUGGACGCUCACACGGAUAAAGUAGUGGUCGUCCAGUUUAGCAAUAACAGUGACAGCUUGAGGUUUGUGAGUGGCAGUCGUGACGGCACAGCCAGAAUUUGGCAAUACCAGCAACAAGAGUGGAAGAGUGUCACUUUAGACAUGGCUGCCAGACUUCCAGGGACGGCUGCUACAAACGGAGAUGAUAAAACCAAGCUGGUGGUGACCAUGGUGGCCUGGGACCGCACUGAUAACACUGUCAUCACAGCCGUGUCAAACUACCUGCUCAAAGUGUGGAGCUCAACCACAGGACAGCUGCUGCACAUUUUAUCAGGUCAUGAUGAUGAAGUGUUCGUCAUGGAAGCUCACCCCAUUGACUCCCGCAUCCUACUAUCUGCUGGCCAUGAUGGCAACAUUUACAUCUGGGACCUGUCCAAAGGAGUCAAAAUCCGAAACUUCUUCAACAUGAUUGAAGGCCAAGGCCACGGUGCUAUUUUUGACUGCAAGUUCUCAGCGGAUGGCCAGCAUUUUGCCUGCACUGACUCACACGGCCAUUUGCUCAUCUUUGGAUUUGGCUGCAGCAGGCCAUAUGAGAAGAUUCCUGACCAGAUGUUCUUCCACACGGACUACCGACCUCUUAUCCGUGACGCUAACAACUAUGUGCUGGACGAGCAGACACAGCGCCCACAUCUCAUGCCUCCACCAUUCCUGGUGGAUGUUGAUGGGAAUCCUCACCCUACACAUUACCAGCGCCUGGUGCCGGGAAGAGAGAACUGCAAGGAAGACCAGCUGGUUCCCCAGCUGGGAUACAUGGCUAACAGUGAUGGAGAGUUGGUUGAGCAGGUACUUGGCCAGCAAACGGCAGAAAACAGAGGCCUGCUGGACAAUCUCAUCAGGCAGCUACAGAAUGAACAGGACCAACUACAAAAUGCAGAGCAACCAGCAGAGAGAGGAUGA